AUGGUCUCGAUUUACCCGCUGUUGUCUAUUAUUCUGCUGGCGCUGGCCUUUGCCCGUCUUCUCUUCAACUGGAAAACGUUAAGCAAGGCUCCUGGGCCGACACUUGCUGGCUGUACGGAUCUCUGGCGAGCGUAUCAACAGUACAACGGAAAGCUGAGGCAGAAGCUAUUAGAUUUGCACUCCCAAUAUGGCCCAGUAGUCCGAUAUGGUGUGCGGAGUAUCAGCAUUAGUGAUCCGGAGGUUAUCAAUAUCGUUUAUGGAAGUCGAACAGGUUUCAUUACGGCAGACUCGUACCAGGUACUUGUCGGCAUCCAGAACGGUAAAGAGGUGUCGAGUCUUGUGAGCACUAGAGAUGAGACCCGCCAUGGCGCGCUGCGCCGCUCGGUUGCCAACGCCUUCACGCCCACCGCAUCGUUAGAGUACGAGAAAUGGGUAGAUGCGACGAUCGCAGAACUCCUCAAUACUAUCAGGAGGAAGAAGACGAACUUUGAUCUCUCGUCAAUGAUCCUGUGGUAUACUAUGGAUGCAGCUGGGAGAUUUUCGUUUGGCGAGCCUCUUGGGUGUCUUCAGGCCGAGAAUGACGUAGGUGGCUCGAUCCAAUUGAUCCGCGACCGUUUCAACCACUGGGGUUGGUGGUCUUCUGUCCCACAGCUAGAGAAGUUGUUUUAUCGCAACCCUGUUGCCAUGCGACAGAAGCGAGCUCCGUCUAGUAUGGCGGCAGCUGCUGUCGAGAAACUAAGAGAGAGGGCACGUCAACAAAAUGGCGAAACCGAGCAUGUAGAUCUUCUUCAGAGAUUUAUAGAAGCUAGCAAGGAUCACCCGCAAGUGUUGGAUACUGCUGGAGUGGUAGGUAUGUUAAUGUCGACGAUAUCUGGGGCGGGCGACACGACAGCAACAACAGUGACAGCAGCGCUAUAUAACUUAUUGAAAAGCCCGGUUUCUCUGAGAAAACUAGAGGAUGAACUCUCGCAGGCCAACCUGCCGGAAAUACCAGAAUUCUCGCAAGUCAGCAGAUUGCCGUAUCUUAAUGCGGUAGUUAAGGAGAGCAUGCGGGUUUUCCCCGUAACGACAUGGCCGAUGGAGCGAUUAAUUCCCUCAGGAGGCGCGACAAUUGCGGGUAUGUUUUUCCCAGAGGGCACAAGCGUUGGAUGCCUACCAGCAGCAGUACACCAGAGAGCCGGUAUCUUCGGUGAGGAUGUUAACGUCUUUCGUCCCGACCGUUGGCUCACGUCUAACAGCGAGGAGCUGAGACGGAUGGAGGCGGCUCACAUGGGAUUUAGUCGGGGUCGUCGCAAUUGUCUCGGACAAAAUAUCGCCAUCAUGCAAAUGAAGAAGGUGAUACCAGCGAUAAUCAUGAACUUCAAGUUAAAUUUGGCGAGCCCCGACGUCUCCCUAGACGCAGAUUUCUCCCCUGCCGUGGCUUGCCUGAGGCCGUUAUAUGUAAAAUCUCAGCCCAAACAUUAACUACCCAUAUGGAACGAUGAACAUAUCAUCUCUUGUUGAUUCUUCUAUCCGUAGGUAUGGUUACAGAUACGCAACCCGAGUGCCAUAGUACGGAGCAUUUUGUCCUACAUAUACGAAUUCUCAGUAUCACCAUUAUCUCCGACAACCACUAUCCCGAGUAUAUAGACGUACAAUACGCCCCAACUUCG